GUUGAGUGUCGGGGUAUACAACAUUCAAUGAAGAAGUUCACAGUGUCUUAAGAAAGUUUUUAUUUAUAGCUUAAUAUGCAAGCCAUUUCCAUAUUUUUCGUGAUAUAACUGAUUAUAAACAAAUAUUCUGUCACAAUGACAGUCUGGAAAAAUGUAGGCGAACAGUUUAUAGUGGGAAUAGCAAAAAAUAAUUACAAACAAAAUGACGACAGGCCCAAUCGUCUUGAGCUGGAUGUAGGUGAAACUUUAAUAAUCGUUCGAGAAAGUGCCAAUUGGUAUUAUGGCUUCAAGAAAAAAAAUCGCUCUUUAAAAGGUAUUUUUCCUAAAUGUUAUAUUCAUAUCGUUGCUGAUGUCGAGAUUGUUAGAAAUGAAUAUCUUAUUAAACGAAGUCAAAUUGUCGAUGAAAUAACAACUGUUUUGAAGGAAUGGCAUGAACAUUUCAAAAAGUUUUUCUUAAAUGGUAAUUCAAAUCUUAAAGUCAUUCGAGAAAAGAUGCUUGAGUUAAUUAAACUUCGAGCUCAGAUGCUGUCUGGAAAUUUACCUGUUGAUGAAUUGAAGGAUAUUACACUUAAAGCUACAUCGGAAAUCGACACAGGAAAUAAAUUGUUGGGCCUUGACAUGGUUGUGCGAGAUGAUAAUGGAAAUAUUUUGGAUAUCAACCAGACGUCAACAACUCAACUUUAUCAUCAUCACGUUCGUGCUGCCACUCGCAUCCGUAGAGCAACAUCUGAAUUCAACAAAAAUCGCAAAUCAAAACAAACGAACAAAUUUUCGCAUAAUCUUAUGAUAUCUGUUCAUAAUUUUGUGUGUAAAGUGAAUGAAGAUACAGAACUAUUGUUUACACUUUUCGAUGCUGAUGAAAUGAAAGCAAUCACUGAAAAUUAUCUAGUUAAAUGGAAUCGACAAGGCAUAACACCAUUUUUCAGCAAUCUUAGAGUUCUGUUUACAGAUCUAAGUUCAAUGGAUUUGCUGAGAAAUAAAAUAUUUCUUGUUGCUUAUGUAAUAAGAGUUGGUGCUAUGGACACAAAAGAAUCAGAAUCACGUCGUGUGAGUGUUGCAAGCGCAGUUCUUUCAAAACGUAGUUCGACUCAAAGUCAAAACAGUUCCAUAGUAAACUUAAAUGAUUUAAUGAGGAGGCCUUAUGGUGUUGCGGCUAUUGACCUUACUCCGAUUAUAAAGAAAGCUGAAGAUUUUAAAAGUGACAACCAACUUUCGAUGCCUUUUAUAGCUUGUGAAAAGGAAACAAUGGAAGUGACUUUGAAAAAGUUAAUCGUCAAUAAGGAUGUAGGGAAGGAUGGUUCAAAUAUUUGGAUUACAGUCGAACUUCUCCAUGGUGAUAUUAAACAGUUAAAAGAAGAAUAUCCUCAUCUUAUUCUUGGAAAUAUUGCCCACGCAAGGAAAAUGGGAUUCCCCGAAGUCAUCUUUCCUGGUGAUGUCAGGAAUGAUUUAUACAUUACACUUGUGCAAGGUGAAUUUUCAAAAACAGGCGGAAAAUCGAGCGAUAAAAAUAUUGAAGUCACUGUUUGUGUGUGCAAUGAGAAAGGAGAACCGAUGAAAGAUGUAAUAACACAAGGUGGUGGAGCUCCAAUGAUUGGCGAAUAUCAUUCAGUUAUCUACUAUCACGAUGAUAAACCAAAGUGGAAUGAAACUUUCAAGGUCAACUUACCGAUCGAUGAUUUUGUUCGAUGUCAUUUAAAAUUUAUGUUUAAACAUCGCAGUUCAAAUGAAUCAAAAGACAAAAACGAGAAACCUUUUGCAAUGUCAUACUUGAAGCUUCAGCACGACAGUGGAACUACGUUACAACAAGACAAACAUACUCUCGUUGUGUAUAGAAUUGAUUAUAAGAAAUAUGAUUCAAGUUCAUUUUUCAAUUAUUAUGCGUUGCCAUCACAUACUUUUGAACUGUUAGCAACACCAAAACCUUCAGCGCCAGGUUUUACUCUUCUCAACAAAGAUUCAUUCGUGAUAGACAUUAAUUUGUGCAGUACAAAACUAACACAGGAUGUUAAUCUUCUCGGGCUUUUGAAAUGGUCUGACAAUGUUGAUCGUCUGGAAGAAUCAUUGACACAGUUAUUGUGUGUUCUACCCGAAGAGAUUGUGAAAUUUCUUCAAGACAUUCUCGACGCUCUCUUCGACAUUUUAGUGACAAAUCAAGAUCCUUUACGCUACGACGAUCUUGUCUUCCAAUGUCUCUUAAUGUUGAUUGAAAUAGUUAGUGACAAAAAGUAUCAACACUUCCAGUCGGUCUUGGAUCUUUAUAUCAGUGAAAGCUUCUCGUCAACGCUUGCUUACAAAAAGUUAAUCGAUGUUCUCGAGCGACAUUUUUUAAAUGCCUUCAAUAGUAUUGAGAAAGAUCCAGAUACCAUAUCUAUUAAUGAAAAUGACAAACCAUCAGAACGUAAACUCUACAAGACAAUAAAAAAUUUGCAAUACAUCAUGAAGUUCAUCAUUCGAUCGAGAAUUCUUUAUGCAAACAUAUUCGAUGAUCAAGACAAGUUUUCUUUUGAAACACGACUUGAAGAACUCAUGGGAUGGUUCGUGCAAUUAAUUUCAAUGCCUAAUCCUUUGUUAAGACCACAAGGUGCCAUAUUAAAAUAUCUUCAUAUUAUUGCUUCAGAUCUAAUGGAAGUUUAUGACUCAUUGAAAUUAAGUAACUUCAUUGUUGAAAUUAUCACAAAAAUUCCGGCAGGUCGAUUAACACAAUGCAAGAUGAAAUGUAUUAAGGAUAUCGUUGAAUCGAACAUCUUUCGACUUCCGCUAUGUCGUGGAAUUUUGCUUCCAGUAUUUUGCAUGCAAAUCAAGGAUAAAUUGGAAUCGAAAGAAGAGGGUGAUCAUAUUUCUGAUAUAUGGCAACAAGAGAAAAAUCUCACUAAAGCUGCAAAAAUAUUGGGCGAAUCCAAAUCACAACUCCAUGCUCGUGAAUCAACUACUAAAACGAAGGUGGCAGAAUGUGUGAAUAUCAUGAACAACAUUUUGGAACUUCUUUUCUCUGAAAACAUUGGACCAAUUGACAACGACAUUCGCGAUCUUAUGUUGAUACUUUUGAGAACGAUCAUUCAAUCAUCAAUCGCCAUGGACCGUGACAAUCCUUUAGUAGGAAAUUUAGUUGCAAUUAUGCUUGCAAUUUUUAGAAAUAUGACGGAAUCGCAUUACAAGAUGUACGUUAAUCAUUUCAAUACACGCUUCGAUCUCCAAGAUUUCUUAACAGAGAUUCUACUAGUCUUUAAGGAACUAGUUUCGAAGCCAGUCUUCCCAUCAGACUGGUUAGACAUGAUAAUGCAUCAAAACACUGUCAUACUCGAAAGCUUGAAAUCAUUUUCACAGAUAAUUAAAGACAAAUUCUUUGAUCCCUUUGAGAAGCAAGUGUGGUCGAAUUUCUUCCACUGUUCAAUCGCAUUUCUUAUUCAACCGGCACUCCAACUUGAUCAAUUCACAAGAAACAAAACUUCGAUAAUUCUUACGCGAUAUUGCGACAUUCGACGAGAAACUGCUAAAGAAAUUUGUAAAAUGUGGUACAAUCUUGGUGAACAUAAAAUCAUUUUCAUUCCUCAAAUGGUGGGACCAUUACUUGAGAUGUCGAUGAUUCCUGAACCCGAACUUCGGAAAUCAACGAUUCCAAUUUUCUUUGAUAUGAUGCAAUGUGAGUUUGUGUCAUCAAAAUAUCAUAGUGAAAGUUUCGGCGAUACAAAGAAAAACAUUUCACACAUCAAAGGCAAUUACCGCGAAUUUGAGAAGGAAAUGAUUGAAAAAUUGGACAUUCUUGUUGAAGGCGGACGUGGUGAUCACGAGUAUAAGGAUUUAUUUAACGAGAUAAUGAUGAACUUAUGCAGUAAACAUAUUGCACUUCGUCAAGAUGGAACAAUUUUCGUCAACAUGGCCACAAAAUUAAUGGAACGACUUCUCGAGUAUCGGUUUCUAAUCAACGAUGAAAGUAAAGAGAAUCGAAUGUCGUGUACAGUGAGUUUAUUACAAUUUUAUUCUGAAGUCAAUCGAAAGGAAAUGUACAUCCGGUAUGUGAAUAAACUUUGUGAUUUACAUAUGGAGUUCGAAAAUUAUCCAGAAGCUGCGUUCACAUUGAAGCUUCAUAGUAAAUUGCUGUUGUGGGAUAAUACACAAUUAUCACCAUUGUUACGUUCAUGCAGACAUCCACAUUGUCAGACCCAUCGGCAUUUGAAAGAAGAACUUUAUAAAGAGAUCAUCAAACUCUUUGACGAUGGAAAAAUGUGGGAAUGUGCCUUGGAAGUUUGCAAAGAGUUAGCUCAACAAUAUGAAUAUGAAGUCUUUGACUACAUUAGUCUCAGUCAUUUGCAUAUUCAAAUGUCGCAAUUCUAUCGUAAAAUAUUUUCUGAAAUGCGUCAUGAAACUGAAUAUUUUCGAGUCACAUUCUAUGGAUUUGGAUUUCCGGAGUUACUUCGUAAUAGAACUUUCAUUUAUCGAGGGAAGGAAUAUGAACAACUGCCAUCAUUUAGUGCGAGAAUUAUAAAUCAACAUCCAAGAGCGGAGCUAAUGCAGACGUUAGAAAAGCCAAGUGAUGAUAUUUUGAACAGCGACGGUCAAUACAUUCAAAUCAAUAAAGUUGAGCCAAUAAUCAGUGAGAAAAAUAAAGAAAUUCAAACCUUCUCUCAAGAUAAGAACAUUGCGCCAUUAAUCGUCAAAUAUUAUCGUACAAAUGAUGUAAAUCAAUUUAAAUUCUCUCGACCAUUUCGGGACGUGUCGAAGAAUUGGAUGUCAUCAAGCGAUCCUGAUAAUGUUGCCAAUUUAUGGUUAGAAAGGACAAUCAUGAAAAUUGAAUAUCCAAUGCCUGGUAUUCUUAAAUGGUUUCCAGUUGAAAGCUCAGAGACGUUUAAUAUUUCUCCCAUUGAAUGUGCCAUUGAGAUGAUGGAAAAUAUCAACAAAACUUUACAUGACUUACUAGUUGAGCAUAAAAAUGAUUCAGCAUUAGCAGUAAGUCAAUUGACAAUGAAAAUUCAAGGUGUAGUUGAUGCAGCUGUUAAUGGUGGAACAGCCAAAUACGAAGAAGCUUUUCUCACUGAUGAAUACUUAAAGAUGAACUCCAACGACAUUUCGUUUGUUGAAAAACUUAAAAAUUUAAUUGCUGAACAAAUUCCAGUUCUUGAAAUUGCAAUAAGCGUUCAUCGUAUGAAAGUUUCGAAUGAUUUGCUUCCUCUGCAUGAAAGACUUGAAGAAUGCUUUAGAAAAAUGCAAACUCAUAUAGAAACGAAAUAUGGAAAGCGCACAACGGAUUUGAAGUUCGAACGCGAUCCAAUGGUUGUGUUGAGGAAAAGUAUUCUUAGUACACCGCAAAUGAGUGCAGAUAAUCGUCUUUCAGAAACGUCUGUCGGGUCUUCAGAUAGCGGAAUAUCACGUGCAACUGGUCCUAGCCGUCAAAUAACCACUGCAAUUACAAAAGUUCUAAACUUUAACUCACCAACAUCAUUCACAAGACAAACCAUGGGAGCAGCAUCACAAAUAAAUAAAAAAAUAAAUGAAAAGACAACACCACAAAAAAGAAAAAAUAGUAAAAAGAUUGACCGUGAGACUUUGAGUUUACCCAACAGUCAAUUUUAUACCGUAACAACUGCUUCAAUGAAUAACAUGAUAAUCCCUUUGAGUCAGACAAGUUUCGAGAAAGGGACUAAAGACAUUUUGAACAACAAUCCUUCAACCCCAUCAUCAGCAAUUAUAAUGCCAGCUCAAAACAUUCCCGUUUUUGAACUUACAGAAGAGCUUACACCUAAAAGACCAUUGAGAUCUGAAGCUGAGAAAGAGAAGCGUUUAUCACGUACACAAAGUCUUGUAACUACAAGUAAUGUGUCUACUUCCAAAAUCGACAAUGCUUCGAUGUCUGGUGAAAGUAGCAACAGCAGAAAUUCAAUAAUUACAACCGACUCGCAAACAUCCGAGGAAGAUUUGGUUCCACCUCCACUUCCUAUUAAGCAUCGUGAUAGCGAGUAUGGAAAUGUACACGAAGAUUCGAAAUUCACGAAAGUUAAAGUUCUUGAUGACUUAACAACAGAAUCAUUCCUGGUCUCAUCUGAUCAGCCCCGAAAAGGUAUAGUCGCGGCUGCUAACAAUCAUUAUGAAAUUCUCAGCUUAAAAAGUCGCGAUGUUGUCUCUCCUGAUGAAGUUAAAUCUUCGAAGAAAAAUCCACCGGCACCACCACCAAAACCGACAAGAGCUUCCAAAGAAAGUUUUUCACCUUAAUUCAUUGAACUUUCAUAAUCAACAAUAAUUUACCAAGAUUAUCAGAGAAUGGAACUUUAACUUAAAUCAACUUGUUAUUCUUUAAAAUAAAAUUUAAUUAUAUUUAGAAGUUCAUUCGUAAAAUGCAAGAAGUUUCAUUCUCUGUAAAUUAUUUUAUCUAUUCAUCUGCCUUAAGGAAGCCUAAAAAUGCACGAAGGGAAUUUAUUCUUCCCAUUUAGUGCAUUUAAGAAACUUCCAAAGAAAAAUUAUGUUUAAGACUGUGGCAUUGAUGCAAAGCCUUAUUAAAGCGUUGUUGAAAUUUAAUGAAACUUUAUCAACUUUCUGUAAAAUCUUUAUUAAGAAAAGCAUCAAAUAAGAACGUUUGCACUUUGUUACCAUACAAGAAAAAAUCUAUCUAAACAUACUUACAUAUGAAACAGAUUGAAAUUGAUUUACUAGAUUUAAUAUUUUUAUAGUCAUAGACAGAGUUGCUAAAAGUUGAUCAAUUUAUGUAAACUGAUUGAUAAAAGACAGAUAAGUCAGUUUGUUAAUUCAGAAUGUCGACUUUUAAGCUUCGAUAUAAAUUAUAUUUAAUUACUUUAAAGGAUCAAUAAAAUAUCCCCUAAUUAUCUUAUGGCCUUAACUGAUAAUCAAAUGAUCAAUUUCAAGUGUCAAUUGCUAGAAGGUCUGGCAAAAAUCUUCUACUUAUAUCAACAGAAAUGUGAAAAUAGAUCAAAGCGCAUAUAUUUUAGAUAUUUAAGCCAAAGAAUUUUAUAGUUUUAAAAUAAUUAAAAAAGGCUCAAAUAAAAUAGUGAAAGUAUAAUGAAAUAAAAUGAAGAUUUUGAUUUUUAAUACUUCUCAUCGUUUUUAAUGAAAAAAUAUAUA